AAAAAAAGUGGGAUCAGCUGAUGGGAAUCGAGUCACAAGCGAAAGAAGCAAACUCACACCGACUUUUGUACUUGUUCGACAGCAGGACGUCCGGUUGAACUUCGGAUCGGCAUGUUGGAAUUAGGAACCCUGUCGCUCACAACAGGUCAAAAUGACGGUGUGACGUCACCGCAAUGCAACGCGAAACACAGAAACGAAUUGUGAUCACGAAGACUGAUCACAUCCAAGAUGUCCGUUUCCGUCCCAUUGUCUCCCGGGAGAAAGAUGGCGGCUCUUCAGGCCGACGCGGCUGAAGUUCCGGCCCUGGAGUCCAAAGUAGCGGCGCUGGUGGUCCUGCUGGUCGUCACGCUGCUCUUCAGCCUCAUCCCCCUUUUCCUCGUGCAGGGGGCGGGGCUCUGCAGCAUCCGACCAGAGACGCGUCGGCGCCUGCUGACCUUGAUCAACUGUUUUGCGGGCGGAGUCUUCCUAGCAACGUGCCUGCUGGACCUCCUGCCAGACUAUCUUCAGGGAAUCUCUGCUGCUUUCGCUAGUGCCGGAAUCACACUGCAGUUUCCUCUGCCCGAGUUCAUCGUGGCCAUGGGCUUCUUCUUGGUUCUGGUUCUGGAGCAGGUGGUUCUUGCCUUCAGGGAACAGUCGUGGGCCCACGCUGAGGAGAGGCAAGGCCUGCUGGAGAACUCCAGCGUGCAGGCAAGUGAUGGUGACGCGCCGCCCCCCCAGCGGCGUCACGCCAAGGAGGAGUCCGACUCUGCACCGCCGUCAACGUUGCGCGCCUUCGUGCUGGUGUUUUCGCUGUCACUGCACUCCAUCUUUGAGGGUCUUGCGGUGGGCCUGCUGGGGCGAGGCCAGGAGGUCCUGGAGGUGUGUCUGGCUCUGGCCAUCCACAAGAGUGUCAUCUCGCUCAGCCUCGCCUUCACGCUGGCUCACGGCCGCCUGCGACGCCCGCUGGUCGUCAUCUGCCUGCUCAUUUUUGCCGCCAUGGCGCCGCUGGGCAUCGGCCUGGGCAUCGGCCUCUCGGAGAGCGAAACGUCAUCGCAGGGGCGGCUGGCUUGUUACACGCUGCAGGGUGUGGCGACGGGCACCUUCCUCUACAUCACCUUCAUGGAGAUCCUGCCGCACGAGCUCGGCCAUGGGCGUGGCCGCGUGACCAAAGUUGCCGUGGCGCUGCUGGGCUUCGCCGUCGUCACCGCCGUGCUCUUCAUCAAGAUGUGACCAUGGCGGCGUGGGCUGCGACGUCUUUGCGAAAGUGGUGACAUCACAUGACCUAAAGGGAAAGACUUGUAAACGACAUUUUUAAAAAAAAGAAGUUUUUACUUGAAUCACAACAUGAACUUAAACCUAAUUUUGGCUUGUGAUUAAGAGUAAUAAUUUUAUUUUAUUAAUGAAGAGGAAGUAGGCGGGGCUACAGUCAGGCUAAAACGACAAGUCAUUUCAGGGUAGUGCAGUAACGAAGCCUGACCGACAGGUGGCGGGCAAACACCGUGUCUUCCAGGUUGUGAGGAUGGAUUACUCACGUCGACGUAAAAAUCUCACUCGCUUUGUUUAUACGUAUUGUUACCGACGAAAACAAGCCAUUAAAGUGAGUUGGUUGCUCUCGA